AUGUCAUUUAAUAAAGCAUCCUUUGAUAUUAAAUUAAUCAAAUAACCAGGAACAGUAUCUCCCAGAAAAUGUCACAUCAGCGAAAUUGUUGGGAGAUGCCUACUGGUCUUUGGAGGAAUCGAUAAUAGAGGCAAUUAUAUGAAAGAUCUAAUUUGUUAUGACAUCUAGUCAUCUAAAUGGAUCCCUCUAAAUGUAGACUCACAUGAAUUAUAUGCCAAUGGAAUUGCAUUUCAUAAGUCUAGCUUAGUUACACAAAACAAAUUUUGUGACAUUUAUCGUCAAGAUCCUGAUCUGAAAUUUUCCAAUCAAGGUGUUUAUGUAUUCGGAGGUCAAGACAAAUUUGGAAAUUAUUUAGACACAUUUAUUCGUAUUGAUGUAUAUCAAAAACCUAUUCGAAUUGAGUUGGUGGAUUACAAAGGAAGCAGUCCCAUGGCUAGAUGUCAACAUUCUAUGAAUUACAAUGAAGCCUUGGGUGCCAUUGUUGUCUAUGGUGGAAAGAAUGACGACAAUACUGUUGAAGGAUUCCUCAAUGAUUUAUAUUUGUUUGAUGUAAGGAACUCCUCUUGGAUACAACUAGAACUAAAAGGAGCCUAAAUGCCUGGAAGAUGUGGACACUCCUCUUCUUGUCUGGAUACUAAAAUUUUUAUUUUUGGUGGGUACAAUUAUAAUGGCUUUGUCAAAAGUGAUGUCUUAGUUGUUGAAUUGGACUCUAAUGUUUCGCAUCAAUUAAUUUAAUCUGAUAAAAUCAAUUAAGAUAAACCCAGAAAUUCAAAAAUUGCAGUCUCUUUUCGUCAGUUGCCUGAAAAAAGUAAUACUAUUGAUAAAACUAACGAAAGAUAAAAAGAAAUUGAAAAAUUAAGUUUUAAAAAUUCCCAUUCCUUUUUACCUAUGCCUAGAAGAGUCACUAUGCUUAUUAAUGCUAUGAGAUUCGGAUAAGAGCCAAAAAAAAGUAAAGAUCUCUCUGGACUCAAUUCAAACAAAAAUUCCCCAAAAGAUGGUAACAGACGACCUCAUCGUAAUUUGACUGUUCUUGUUGAUGGCAAAUGA